AUUGAAAGGUGUUUAGAAGAGUUACAAGGGAAGUGUUUUGAAACUUCUGCUAAUAUUACCGUGUGAAAGAACUGUCAAGUUCAGCUCAUUUAAAACACCAUAGAAGGACAGAUCUUCAAGUAAUUUUUCACCUUGACAGGUAUGAAAUGACCAGGUUAUUGGAUGUACCAACAUGUAUUUCAAAAUUGUAGAGGAAAAAAAAAAUCAACAUUGAUAAAAAGAAAUGUGAUGAAUAUAUCUAUUUUUCAGGGCAAAAACGUUUUACCAGGAAAAGAGUUGAAAAAAUGUCAGGCAUGAUCAUAAACAACAACACAAACCACACUGGCCUGCCGGAGGACUUCAAAAUUGCUCUUCUGGUCUUAUACACAUUCAUCUUCCUUUCUGGGACUCUUAAUGUGUUACUAAUGUCCUGUAUGCUACAGUCCCAAAGACGUCUCUCUUUCACCAAAGUGUCUGUGAUAAACCUAAUAGCAGUGCACUCCAUUUUCCUUCUCACGGUGCCCUUUCGAAUUUACUAUUAUGCUUUUAAUGAAACCUGGAUUCUGGGUAUGUAUUUCUGCAAAAUUGUCAGUCUUAUGGUCCAUGCCCACAUGUAUCUUGCAUUCAUCUUUUAUGUCUUUCUUCUUAUUGUGCGUUAUGUGGAGCAAUCUGAUCAACAGCACAGGCUAGAGUUUCAUCGCAUCCUUCAUGCCACGAUCGCAAGUGCAAUUGUCUGGUUGGUCAUAUUUGGCUCUAUGUUCCCAGCAACUAUGGCUAACUACGGAAUCGCACAGAAUGAUUCCACUCACUGCUUUCAUUUCGGUCAGGCUCUCCGGAAGCCUGCUGUGAAGACGUUAAACUAUGUUAUUUGCAUUCUAGUGAUACUGGGUUGGAGUGUGCUGGCAUUUUUCCAAGUUUACUUCCUGCUAUACGUGAGAAAGACAUUUGGAAAGGCCAUGUGUCAACGUCAAGAGUUCUGGGCACAAUUGAAAAACAUUGUAUUCCUGUCCAUUAUGUUUUUUUGUUUUGUGCCCUAUCAAGGAUUCAGAGUAUAUUAUGUGAGUGAAUAUGGCAAUACUGAAGAAAUUAAUCAUAUAAAUGAAAUCUUUCUUGCUGUCACUGCUUUCAGCUGCUUUGAUAUGAUUGUUUUUGCUGGUAGAGAUAUAUGCAAACGUAUAAAUUCAAGGGGAUGGUUUUGCGGUUUAUAACAACUAUGUUUACUUUAUUUAGUUUCUAUAUUGUUAUUGAUUUAGUGAAUUUAUUUCCAUUUUCUUUUAUUUGUUUU